AUGGCAGCUAAGCUAUUGGCAUUGGCCUGCACACGGAACGACGCCCAUGGCGGGCUGUCUCCCAGACCUCACUACCCCUCCAUGCCCAAGUAUCCCAAGGGCGUUUCGUCUGAGCAAGACGAUAACGAUGUGUCCAAUGCCGUAUUUCAGGUAACCGGAAUGACAUGUUCAGCCUGCGCCGGCUCCGUCGAGAAGGCUAUAAAGCGCCUUCCAGGGAUACGCGAGGCCGCCGUCGAUGUUCUCAACAACCGCGCUCAAGUUUUCUUCCACCGGAGUAUCGUUAACGAGGAGAGUAUUCGUGAGAGAAUCGAGGAUGCUGGAUUUGAAGCAAGAUUGAUUAAAGAUAGUGCAAAUGAAAAAUCCACGCACGUAUAUAGAAUACACAUAAAUGGAAUGACUUGCACUUCUUGCUCCUCAACUGUUGAAAGAGCUUUGCUAGCAGUUAAUGGUGUACAAAAGGCCCAAGUGGCUUUAGCAACAGAAGAAGCAGAAGUUCAUUUUGAUCCCAAAAUUCUAAGACACAACCAACUGCUAGAAGUUAUUGAAGAUACUGGAUUUGAAGCGAUACUUAUUAGUACAGGUGAAGAUGUGAACAAGAUCGAUCUUCGGGUGGAUGGUGUGCUUACUACUCAUUCUAUGAUAAUGAUUGAACAAUCUCUCGAAACACUGCCAGGGAUUCAAGGCAUUGAUAUGGACCCUCAAGUCAAUAAAAUUUCUGUGUAUUAUAGACCUGAUGUGACAGGACCGAGAAAUUUCAUUAGGGUGAUAGAGUCAAUUAGUUCUGGGCAUUUCAAGACAACUAUCUUUCCUGAAGGAGGGGGAGGACGAGAAAAUCACAGACAAGAGGAGAUUAAGCAAUACAAAAGCUCUUUUCUUUGGAGUUUAGUUUUUACAAUUCCGGUUUUCCUGACCUCCAUGAUCUUUAUGUAUAUUCCUGGAAUCAAGGAGGGAUUGGAUACUAAGGUAGUCAAUAUGCUCUCCGUAGGAGAGAUCAUAAGGUGGAUACUAUCAACUCCAGUUCAGUUCAUAAUUGGCUGGCGAUUCUAUACUGGCUCUUACAAAGCACUACGACAUGGUUCUGCCAAUAUGGAUGUUUUGAUUGCAUUGGGAACAAAUGCAGCCUACUUCUAUUCAGCAUACUCAGUACUGAGGGCUGCUAUCUCUCCAGAUUUUAAAGGCACUGAUUUCUUCGAGACUAGUGCAAUGCUUAUAUCAUUUAUUCUACUGGGGAAAUAUCUAGAAGUUUUGGCUAAAGGAAAGACUUCUGAGGCCAUUGCCAAGCUUAUGAACUUGACACCGGACACAGCAAUACUUCUAACUCUGGACGAUGAAGGGAAUGUGCUAAGUGAAGAAGAGAUUGAUAGUCGCUUGAUACAAAAGAAUGAUAUAAUUAAAAUUAUUCCUGGUGCAAAAGUUGCUUCAGAUGGUUAUGUUCUGUGGGGGCAGAGUAAUGUGAAUGAGAGUAUGAUAACAGGAGAGGCGCAACUAGUGCCAAAAAGGAAAGGUGACCCAGUAAUUGGUGGUACUGUGAAUGAGAAUGGGGCAUUACAUAUUAAAGCAACAAAGGUUGGUUCAGAGAGUGCUCUUGCACGGAUUGUUCGUCUCGUUGAGUCAGCACAACUGGCCAAAGCUCCAGUACAAAAAUUUGCUGAUCGCAUCUCUAAAUAUUUUGUGCCAAUGGUAAUUAUUUUGUCAUUUUCAACUUGGCUUGCAUGGUUUUUAGUUGGAAAAUUCCAUGGCUACCCAGAAUCUUGGGUACCAUCUUCAAUGGACAGCUUUGAGCUAGCCCUCCAGUUUGGGAUCUCUGUCAUGGUUAUAGCCUGCCCAUGUGCUCUUGGCCUAGCAACACCAACUGCUGUUAUGGUUGGUACAGGAGUUGGUGCAUCUCAAGGCGUGCUCAUUAAAGGAGGUCAAGCAUUGGAAAUUGCACAUAAGGUCAGUUGCAUUGUAUUUGACAAGACAGGGACUCUCACAGUUGGGAAGCCAGUGGUUGUUAACACUAGACUUCUGAAAAAUAUGGUACUCAGAGAAUUCUAUGAACUUGUUGCUGCAACUGAGAUGAAUAGUGAGCACCCAUUAGCCAAGGCUAUUGUUGAGUAUGCCAAAAAAUUUAGAGGAGAUGAAGAGAAGAUAGUGUGGCCAGAAGCACGGGAUUUUAUCUCUUUCACCGGCCAUGGAGUGAAAGCUACUGUUAGGAACAGGGAGAUAAUAGUUGGAAAUAAGAGCUUGAUGCUAGAAAAUGGCAUUGCCGUUCCAGCUGAUGCUGAAGAUAUGCUAACAGAAACUGAAGAGAUGGCACAAACUGGGAUUCUGGUAUCUAUAGAUGGUGAAAUUACUGGAGUUCUGGCCAUAUCUGAUCCAUUGAAACCUGGUGCUCGUGAAGUCAUUCCGAUCCUCAAGUCUAUGAGAGUUAGGAGCAUCAUGGUAACAGGUGACAACUGGGGAACUGCUAAUUCCAUUGCUCAGGAAGUUGGAAUUGAAACUGUUGUGGCAGAAGCCAAACCUGAGCAAAAAGCAGAUAAAGUUAAAGAUUUACAGGCAUCUGGCCAUGUUGUGGCAAUGGUGGGAGAUGGAAUCAAUGACUCCCUGGCACUUGUAGCAGCAGAUGUUGGCAUUGCAAUUGGUGCUGGCACAGACAUUGCCAUAGAGGCAGCUGAUAUUGUUCUUAUGAAAAGCAACUUGGAGGAUGUUAUUACAGCCAUAGACCUUUCGAGACACACCUUUUCCCACAUUCGUUUGAACUAUGUUUGGGCUCUGGGUUAUAAUCUUCUUGGCAUACCAAUAGCUGCUGGAACCCUUUUCCCAUCUACAAGAUUCCGUUUACCACCAUGGAUUGCAGGUGCUGCAAUGGCAGCAUCUUCAGUGACUGUAGUAUGCUGUUCCCUAUUUUUGAAGUAUUAUAAGAGGCCCAAAAAGCUAAGGAAUCUUGUGAUGCAGGGAAUUCAGAUUGAAUGAUUGAUGGUUGUUGUUCUUCAUUUUUGUGUAUAUGUAUAGGAGUGACUUUUGGUUUGGAUUGAACUAGUUAAGCUAGGGUGUGAUGGGAUCAAGGAAUCCAAUUUAGUAAUAAAGGGAAGAUUUUCAUUCUGGUCUUCCAUGUAUGUAAAGGUGCUGCUGUAAGGAGGGUAUUAUGCUUCGUGUCUGUGAAUGAACUGAAGCUACUGAAUUGCUCAAGGACAGCUGUUAGGCUGCAUUUUGGUCGUGGGAAAUUAAGCUCCUUAUUGUGCAUGGUGCUGCAGAUUGGGUUGUAGUUUCCUUCUGAAUUGCUCAAGGAAAGCUGUUAGGCUGCAUUUUGGUCGUG